GAGGUUCCCUUGGUGGAGGGGACCCUGAAAUUUGGGGAGGGGGGUCCUGUAAUUUUUCCAUGAGUAUGGCGGGCUUUUCCUUACCCUCUUUUCCCCAUAGGACCCUCUCCAUUCCCAUCAUGCUGCUCCAAAGCUCCCGGGCUGUGCUGCUCCUCUGCGCCACUGCCGGGUUUUUGGGGUCGCUGGGCCUCGCUGCCUUCUCAGAGAAGGAGCAGCUCUGGGAGACUUGGAUGAGGUUGGCGCUGAAUGAGACCCCCGUGGCCCAGCUCGUGCAGGACAUCGCCCACCGGAUGGGGAAUGUGAGCAGCCGUGGGGCUGCGGAGCUCCGGGGAGGGCACCAGGUUGUCCCAUCCAACCUCCAUCAGGAGCAGGAAAGACCUCAGGACGUUCGUCCCCAACCAGACAACAUCCUGGUCCUUCAGGAAGUGAUGGAGAAGCUGCGGAGGGUCAACCAGAGCCUGGAGCUGAUGCUGGCAGCCUUGGAAGAUGCACGAAGCCAGCUGGAAAAGCACCUGGAGCACCUCAAAGCCAUCCCUGACCUGGGUGGUCAGAGCCAAAGUGCCACCUCCUCCUGCGUCCCAUACGGCUCAUACUUCACGCUCCUGGUUCUCCCACUGGUGCCGGCGUCAUUCCGGGCCAUCUUUCUCCUCCUCUUCCUCGCUUCCAGCGCCCUCGGCAUCCCAGCGAUCUCCACUUUCCUGGUCCUUGCUGUGGCAGGGCAUUGGCUGCUGGCAUCUGCCUGCCGUGGUGCCGGAAGGAUCCGGCCAGUGGUUCCUCGGGAAGAGCCCCGGUACCGGCUCACCUCCACGCCGGAGAGGGAAUGUGAUAUGGAGCUGCUGCAAGAGGAGCUGGACAGGAUGGAGAUGAGCUGCCUGCGAGAUGAGAGGUGCCCACAAGACCCCUCACACCUGGAGCAGCCCCAAGAGGUGGCCAGGGACAUUCCCGAAUUCACACGGCAGGUGUCACCCAACCCCGGUGGCCAGAGGACAACACCAAGCUCAUGUGGGGUGACACUGGAGCCGCUCAUGGAUGCUGGGAAGCUCUGGGAGCCCAAACCCUGCAGCCCAAGGGCCAACAUGUCCCUGUGCCAGGGGCUCACCAGGGCUGGGCAGCAGUGCCGGAAGAAAGCGAUUCCCGGGCAGGAAUUCUGUCACAUCCACACCACCAGCAGUAGCUUGGCCAUGGAUUCCUCCCACCAUUUUUGACCCUCUACGCCCUCCCUGAGGGGUUUUAACUCUUUUUAUGGCUAUUCCAGAUCCUGGUGGAGAUCAUGGACCCUAAGGAUGCCACUGGAUGUGGGUACAGGGCAGAUGUUCAUUAUCCCACCAGUUUUAUGCUGUUUGCAUAUAUUUUAAUAAAUGCCACAUUUACAGCUGGA